AUGGCAGACACCGAGACACUACCAGAGCGCAAGCAGCGCAAGUCGGUCGCCUUCAGCGAAGACGCAACACUGAUGGAUACCAAUGGGGACUCCGAGUCCGCUCCGCUGGAAUCGAAAAGCACUGCAGAGAGCCACUCCACAGACAAAGCGGUCGACGAGGUCACAGAUAUGUUCGCCGGGCUAGCCAAGAAGAAGAAGAAGUCAUCCAAGCCCAAGGCCGACGAAGCGGAUGGCGACGCACCCGCAGCUGCUGAUGGCGAAUUCGAUGCAUCGGCGCUCAAAAAGAAGAAAAAGAAGUCCGUGAAGCCCAAGGCCGACGAGUCAUUCGAAGCCAAGUUGGCCUCUGCUGGACUCGAGGAAGACGAAGACAAGCCAGUUGCAGCGAGCGAUGCAGUGGAAGACGCAGGCGAUCUUGAAGCCGGCACUGGUGUGUGGGCCCAUGAUGGGACCACACCCAUCUCAUACAACUUGCUCCUGCACCGAUUCUUCAAACUGGUCAACGAGUACAAUCCCGACAUCCUAGCAGGUGCGAACAGAGCCUACAAGAUUCCGCCACCACAAUGUCUGCGUGAAGGCAACAAGAAGACAAUCUUCGCCAACAUUGCCGACAUCAGCAAACGCAUGAAGAGGAAUGACGAGCAUGUCACGCAGUAUCUGUUCGCCGAGUUGGGUACCUCUGGUUCCGUCGAUGGCUCAAAGCGGCUGGUUAUCAAGGGUCGUUUCCAACAGAAGCAGAUUGAGAACGUCCUACGAAGAUACAUCCUGGAGUACGUCACUUGCAAGACCUGCAGGUCGCCGGAUACAGAUCUCAGCAAGGGCGAGAACCGUCUCUACUUUAUCACCUGCAAUUCUUGCGGCUCGCGGAGAUCAGUCACAGCCAUCAAGUCCGGUUUCACAGCCCAAGUCGGCAAGAGACGGAGGAUGGCUGGCUAA